AUGCCUCCAUCCGACAACACCAUGAAUCCUUACAGCCAAAACUUGGAAGGAGAUAAUACUAGUCGUACUAGUAGUACUACUAGGGCUAGUACUAGCCAAUCAUUUUCCAACUCAAUCCAACCGAUUACGACAACCGAAGGCGAAAAGAUUCCACAACUAUCAUUCAACGGAUUGCUCCAACAAGAAGCUGAUCUUCCAUCAUCCAAACUCCCAUUCGUAUGGAAGCUCUACGAAAUGCUUGAAGGAGUCGAACGAUCUGGGGAUGAACACAUUGUUUCUUGGGUGGAAUCGGGCAGAGCCUUUAGAGUUCACAGACUGGACGAGUUUGUCAAGAACAUUGUCCCAAUCUACUUCAAACAAAGCAAAUACAAGUCCUUCCAACGUCAGUUGAACUUUUAUGGUUUCACAAGAAUCGCCUCAGGUCCAAAUACUGGCGCCUACUACCACGCCCAAUUCCUCAAGGGAAACAAGGCAAUCUGUCUCUCCAUUCGACCCAAAGCAGCAUCGGCCAAGGAUCAACAAGGAAAGAAAACGAAAGCGUCGGCAAAGACUGGAUCAAAUUCCCAGGAACCACAAUGGAUGCCGCAAAUCCAAAGUCUCCUUGCCCAUGGUGCUGACCAUGCUUUGAAACAACAACAACAACACUCUGCUGCAAAAAUCAUGCCACAACCACCAGUGUACCAAAGACAACUACCACAACAUUCUCCCCGGGCGGAAUCGACUGCAUUGGCAAGGAUGCCAGUAGCGCGAAGAGCUCCUGAGCAAGAAGAAGAGCAACAUCGCCAUCAUCCCAGCAGCAGCCGCCGCAUCAGAGACGGCGAUGCAGUCACCGUUUUUGGAAACAUGUCCUUUCAUUAUGUAGGAAAGCGAUAG